CGUAUAAAAACCAUAUUUGUGGAUUAGGUAGAAGGCCAGGAAAAUGCAGGAAAUGGUUAGGUGGCGCUGGAGUGCGACAGUCGAACAGUGUUUGGUACUGUCGCAAUCGGACUGAUGCGCUGGUGUCGGAAAUCCAAUCCCCGACUUGGGUGUUUCAAGCCGGUCUUGGUCCGAUUGAACUUGGGCAGGUCAGCACCCAGAACAUCCUGUAGGCAGGUACAGGUAUACCCCCCAGAGUCAAUUGGCCAAAGAUUAAUGUCCCGCCUACGUCCAUAUCCCCAUGAAUGGAGUACCCGGGCAUUGGGA